AUGGACCGCAGGGCGGUCGUGACGACGCCCAACGCGACGUGGAUGCCGGAGUUUCCUGUCGCAACGCCCGGUCGAAUCUGCACUCGCGUGGAUGGGCGAUGGGGGCCUCAGGAGUACUCAGUCUGGCCUCAGCUCUAUCAUUCUAAUGUCGUGCACCACGCCUGUAUCCCCGCCAAGGGUACGACGUUCCUGGGGCUUAGCUUCGAUUAUAACGUUAUCUACGAUCCAGUCCCGGAUAGCGAGUGGGAGCACGAUCUGGCAUGUGGUGUGCCGGACUUGGGCCGUCUGCAGCCGCAGUUCCUUGCGCUGCUGAAGGCCGACGCGCGCGGCGUGAUGGAGAGGUUCCAACGCGUCGGUGGUGGAAUGAUUGAAGACCAAAAGAAGUUUGGAUACCACCUCUGCGCGACGAUCAGCCAGGCCCUCGACCGACUCACACUCCUCCCGACUUGGCGCACACAUGCUAUCGCCAUCGCCGCCCACGUCUCCAGACUCUGCCUUGAGCUUCUGGGGCUCAUCGUGCUCUUCGAAGUGGUGCAGCCACGCGUGCGUAACCUCUCGCGCCCCGCCAAGGAAGCCCUGCCCUUGCGUGGUGCAUUCACGCACAAUCCCGCCACCGCGCAGGGCCUCUUCCGCCUUGGGAUUCCGGUAUGGUUCAUCCAGCCGCUCACUAAGCUCGUGCGCGUGCGGGAGGUCUAUUCAUACCCCGACGCGAUCUCCUCGAAGAUGAGCGAUGAGCUGUCGUACCCGCGGUUGUACAGCGGGGAGGGAGACCUGUCGGGGAUAGUGCACCAUCCGGGGGACUGGCCCUUCAAGAUGCAGCAGGAGGUCCUUCAGACCCUACUGGAUGCCGAGUUGCCGUCGAUGCCCAGUGAAGGGGACGAACCAGCGUCGGCUUCGUCUGAUGCCCGCCCGACGAAGAAGGCGCGACUGGACGCUGAUGACGGGCGCAAGAGUGUUCAGGCUAUGACCUCCAGCACGCGUCGCUCUUCGCGCCCUGCUCACCGUGGGCAUCGCGCUCAGGCAGUGGCUGUGGAGCCACACCCGUCAUUGAGGUACAAGCGUCUGAUGGACUGCCCGGUCCCGCUGAUGUGGGCGGACGCGUUGUCGGCCGUCGGUACCCUGCCUCCUCCGAAAUCUUCGUCAACGUACUACUGGCCGCCGCCGUUCGUCUUCGAGGGGCCAGGAGACAAGAUCAACCGAUACUUCCGGAACUACGUCCGAAUCCGACACUUCCUUCGCCAACGUCUGCUCGACCCCACCAUCAAUGCCGAACCACUGCGCGUAGCUGAAUGGCGUGAUGCCCUUUGGGGCGAAUACAAGGUGCAGGCCGAGGAGCCGUCGAAGAGUGAUCCUGCGCCUCGCAAUAAGGAGCGACGACAGCUCCACCAAAACAUACGGCGGCUGUUCUCCGCGACUGCAGGGCUCCCCUCGUACGACGCAAGUCAGACUGGGGAAUGGGGGUCGACUACCGUGAUGGCUGAGAACGUCACGCACAGCGGCUUGCGCGCCCAGAUACUCUGGGAGAUACAUGAGGUUAACUGGCGGUGCGAGCUUCGUGAGCUCGAUAGUGUACUUACCGGAUCGCGUGCCUGGGGUACGUUGCAACGCUGGGAGCGAGAAUCGGCGGUGUGUCGCGUGUGGAGUGUAGAAGGUUCCGGGCUGCGGGUGAUACCCCUUUGGGAGCAGGACGGAAAAUCGUGUGCGUCGUGGGUCUCUCCUCCACAUAGCCAGUGGGCUGUUGCCCGCGUGACAUUUCGCGAACUGCUGCGCGUCAUGGCUCGGUGGCCGGGUCUGCCAGACGAGUUGAAGGUCAGUCCCCCGGAAGCGAUCAUAGAGUAUCAGGCCGAGGACUACAAACGAUUACAACAGUCUGUCUUAGCAUUCUACGUCCGCUCCUUCGUUAACGUCUUUCACCGCCUUCCUGUCUCCCCCGCUGUGUUCCCCGACAAUUGGUUGUAA